UAGGCGUCCAUUUCAUUUGUAACUUUAUAAGAGUUUUGGUUUUGUGUUGAAGUUCAGCCGUUGUUGGAGUUUAUGGUUUAUUGUUUGUUUAUUGUAAAUGGGUUGGUUGACAUUUUGAGUUGAUUAAAGUGUUUUUGUUGGCAGUAAAUACUCUUUAGUUUUAAUGUUUUCGUUUUGUUAAAUGUACUUUGCAAAUCUGUGUGUAGUUGUUUUUAUAGUUUUAUUUUUAAAUGAGCAUAUGUUGAGAGCUAAGGUUUAGAUAUACUUAUCUCACGAGGUUCCAGGCUUUCCUAAGUAUUUAAUUAAGGGCUACUUCAUAAAUAGCCUAACAAUUUGGAGAAAGCUUCUCUCCCUUUAUGCGUAAUACAGUUUCCAGCGAAAUCCUUCUGGCCUAGAGGGAAACGUAAAAGGUCGUCUGAACUAUUUGCUUUUUUCAAAGCCAAUCUCGCCGCCGUUUUGGAUUUUCUGUGUAGACACUGUCCAAGUGGAGCUCACACGCGGUGCGGUUAAAUAUUUUUUCUUGCCGUUUUUGCCAAUACUUUGUAAAAGAAAGCUUUCUUUCUCUUCUACUACCCAGCUUUUGUCGUAUUAAGAUUUAAAUAUCUUGGUAGACACAUCAUCGGCGAACCAAGCGAAGUGGCGCGUAUUGAUAUUAAGCGCCUUAAGCUUUAAAUGCUUCGUCGUUCUAUUUGGAGUAUUUUCCGGGUUUUUUUGGACCAACGCUCAUAGCCGUCCAAGUGAGAUCCAACGCAAUAUUUGUCGCGAGGAUUAAUCAUGCUUUUUCUUUACCGGCUUAGAAAACGCUUACGCGGUUAUAGCCGAGUUAACAACAGCGCGCCAGUCGUUUCUUCUUUUCGCAAGGUGGCGCCAAUUGGAGAUUCCAAGCGAUGCCAGGUCCUUUUCCACCUGGUCCUUCCAACGGAGUGAAGGUCUUCCUCUUCCUCUGCUUACCCUGGAGAGAUUAAGCCUAAUCUAAUCAGUGGAUAAUGAAUUUUUUAGAAUCCUUUUGAAAUGUGAGAAAAAAAUUAAUCUUCUCUUUUAAUAAAAUUAUUAUUAAAUUCCCUCCAAGUGGAUUCUUAAUAUGAAAAUGUAACGUAUUUUUCCUACGAAGUAUGUUUCAAUGUAUGUGGUUUUGAUGGUGAUUUAACCUCAAUUUAAAUGUUGAUCGUUUUUUCAUAUAGACAAAAAAGACUCAUCAUAUAGACUUAAAGACUUCCUGACUUGAGGUCCCUGAAAGCACUGUUCCGCUUUGCCUCAUAAAUUAUAUGAAUAACUUUUCGCUUUAUUUGAUUCUAAUUAAUUUUAUUCUCUUUUAUUGUAGUCAGUUUUGUAGAAUUAUGUAAAUUGUAAAUAUAUAAUAAAAUACCGUUAACAUUCAAGCACCAACAUUUCUUAGUGUUAAACACAUAAAUAAAUAAAUAUUAGUAAUAACUUUGGAGUGCAGAAUAUAAAGUAAAUUAGCCAAGCCAUUUAUACGUAAUUUAAUUGUAGUUCAAUGUUGACAAUGCCUUUACAUACUUACCUCUCUACUAUACAUACGUAUAUACUACUUACUCGAGUACAUAUCAAUAAAGUGUUAUUUUUCGAUACUAUUUCAACUCUGAAUGUAAAUAUUUGCCUUUUCAUUUACAAUUACAUUUACAUUUCGAUGGAUUUCUUUUCCGAUUUAUCUAUUACUUACGUAUGCACUCGUAUACGUCAAAUAACUGCUUACGAACCGUAAACGAGCAACGCAAAGUUUUGUAAAACCGCAACAAACCCUGUAAAAACAUGGUUGCCCUGCUGGCGGCGGAGAAACGGCCGGGCACCACCGAGUGGGAGAAGCACGCCGAUCAUCUGUCGAAAACCCGCAAAAUGAAUGAAUUCAAAGGUGGCGGGAAAUUUCGACGCUUUGGGCCACCAACGCAACCGGCGAACUAUCCUACUAAACCUAUAGAAAAUCUGAGGCGAACGCUGCUGGAGGACGACAGCUGUUACAGUGACGCUUAUUAUAAUAGUAACAGCAGUCCGCAGCAUUCGACGGCGUCCGAUAGUCCGAGGUUACGACGUGCACGCUUACCCACAAAUGGCGUACUUGCUGCGAACGCUAAGCGUAUGCAGCGCGAGUUCGCUACUUUUGUUAGUAAUCGACGUAAUGUAACUAGCGCAUUACGUCAUACGGUUUCACCCGCCAUUAGUCGUCACUUCGAUUAUAAUCCACAACGUCCGCGUAUCAGUUCACCUACACCUUCGGUUAUUGGUUAUACACGUUCUGGCUACUCAACGCCUGUUAUUAUGCAUCCUGAAAUAUUGCCCAAUCGACGUAGUGCCAGUUGGAAAAGAGGUGCUUCGAGUUCCCGUUUGCAUUCGCCUCCAUCACAUAUGGGGCGGGUGCUACCGCGUGUCAUUGCACCGUUAGAUCCACAGUUGGCUGCAAAUGUCAUCUCGCAGUCGAAGCUAAAGUCAACGAAAGCUUUUGCGUCGCUGAGAGGUGAGACGAAUGGACGAUCAAGAAUAUUCGGACAAACACGCUCCGGUUCACCCGUGAAUAGAAGAGUAUUCGCGAGAAGAUCAGGUUCGCCUCCUGCGAGUAAGGGUCGCGUUCCAUAUGUCAGAUCUGGUUCGCCGGAAAGAAUAAGAGCGCUUAUACAGGAUAAGGUGGAGAGAAAAAAUAAAGUAAAACCCUUAACGGAAACUCCGACUAAAAUCAGAUUAGAGCGGAAAGCCAGUGUAAAAGGAAGUAAAGAGAUUGAUACAAAAGAGCUGCCUACAAAUGGAUUUUCAUUAGCGAAGGCGCUAUCACCCAUUAAAAUGGCCGCAGAGACGCAUUCGUUGCCACAUUUGAAAAGUGACGAAAAGAGCACAACAUUUGUGGCACAUUCCCUGAUGGAGGUUGUUGAGCAAGCUGUUGAACGUUCAAAAAAUGGUGGAGAUACCUCAGAUGCGAAGGAUGGUAAGGAAAAUGCACAGAAUGGAGAAACGUUGAAGAUCAAGAAAGAGACACCUGUUAAGCACGAAAGACAGAAAGAAACACCUGCAAAGUCACCAAAGACGAAAGAGAAAAACGGCGGAAAGAAAAGUCUCAAUGGGAAGAGUGUAAAUAUUACUGAAAACGAAAAAUCACCAAACAAAGAGCAUAUUAAGAGAGGAAAUAAGUCCAAUAUGUGGCUUGAAAAUAAGGAUACUUCGAACACGAAUACAGGCUCCAGUCGUGGUAAGAAACCGGUCCCUAGUCCUGUGCGGCGAAGCUCAAAGAGCAGUUCAACUUUCGAUGCCAACAAGCUUACUAUUCAACCCUCUCCUUCGAGACAGAAGAGUAGUAGUCCAAAAAAUACAGAAAAAGAUACCCAAAUUGAAAAUUUAGCUAUUGGUGGUCGUUUCAGUAUGAGUCCAAAUAAAAAAACUUCGGCUCAUCAUGAGAAAUCACAUAUUUUGUGGGAAAAUACCAGUCCCGGACGAAAAGAUCUAUCAAGUAGCCGCAGUCGUACGCUAGAAAGCAACUUAAGCACAAAAGGGGGUUCUACUCAAAGUCUUGGAAAAGUAGAUCACACUAGUCCAAAUUCAAAACGAAGAGACUAUGGGGGAAAUAGUCUUACAGAAAAUCGGUCUCCCAUCAAUAAUAGAGUAAGGGUAAAUAGUUCACGUGGAAAUCAUAUUAGUCAGGAGUCAAAAACAGUCAACAAUAAUGACCGCUAUUCCAACAAAAAUAAUUGGAACAGUUCCAGCAGAAGAAAUAGUAAAGUGGAAUAUACAAAUAUUAGUAACAGGUUUGAAUAUAAUGCAACCCUGAGUUCUUUACCGAGGGAAAAAAAUCGAAGCCCCAGAAAAUAUAACACUCCGAGCCUCUACCACGAAAAAAAGGGUCCGGAAGAAGUGGAGAAAAAGAAUUAUAUUUCGCAAAUAAACGGGGAGGCGAAUAAUCCGGUGAAAAAUGCACCCGGCGACGAAUCUCUUCGAGGUACACAAUUUAACCUUAAUUUUGCCAAUAAGGGAUACCAUGAUGAGCAGAGUUCUCUAAUUUCUAAAGAAAAUUUAAAUAAUAUUGAAAAUAUCAAAUAUCGCUCAGAAGGUAUAAAUGGCCCACAACGGGAAGUUCACAUAAACACACCUAUAAUCAGUAGGAAUAGUCCAUUAGCCAAACCAAUAAAUAGCCACGAACGGAACAAUAAUGAACACAAGUCAAAUCACUUAACAAAUCAAAUUCACAAUCUAAAAAAAACUCUUCAAGCGAUUGACAAUCUCAGCACAAAUCAAACGAAUAAUGAAGAAAAUAUACGAAAUAAAGAAACUCCAACGCACCCAUCUACAAACAGUCCAAUAAAACAAAUAAAGGAUACCACUUUGUAUUCUCCGAGUCAUAACUCGCACAAUAGUUCGCCUUCGAAAUCGUCAAAGUCUUCCAGCAGCAUUGUCAUACGCACGAAUCUUUCUACACCCGAAACCGAAGACUACGAUGAGGAGGUCCUGAAUCGUCAAUUAUCGCAAGAACUUGAACAACUCAAACACUACGACAGCGAAACACGUGCCGAACGCAAUUUCUUGCGACACGCUAGCAUAGAGGAAGAUUCACAAACCGAUUUGGAAGAAUAUUCUCCUAUCGAUCAUGAGGAGAGUUCUCGCACCGAUUACGAAGAAGCGCUACACACCGACGCUGACGUGAGCUCACAUACAGAUGUUGAUAAUUAUUCAGCUGCCUCGACGAGCACUGAAGAUCUAAUUAAUACACUAUCUCCACAAACUGCCUACCUCAAUUUGGGUCGGAGCGCUACAACGCUGCCGCUAAAACCCAAAACUUCUAUACUCAAACCACCGUCAUCUCUUUUUCACAGCCCGUCACAUACUAGUUCAUCCUACCGACGAUAUUCGUCGUCGUAUGAAAGUGAUCAGUUGGAGAAAGUGCUCUUUAUCGGCGAGCUUAGCUCAGUGGCGCGUAGUCGGUCAGCGCAUGUACUGAGCCCUGCCGUAAAGAUCGAUCGCUGUGAUGUGUGCCACAACAAUUAUGUGAUAAAGUAGCUAAACUGUAACAAAAGCCUUGACCUAAAUGAAGAGAUGUAUUUAACUAAUAAAAAGUGUUCAUUUUUAAAUUCAACCAUUCUA